UUUUUGGUAAUCAAGCGGAAUGCGGAAUAGAAAGGUUAAACAUAUAUCCGGACGGAGAGAGAGAAAUAUAUAAAGUCCUUGGCUGAUCGAUUUCCCCCUUUUUUUCUUUUCUUUUGUACACCGAAAAACUUAAUUUAUACACUCACUCAGUCAACCCGUCAUUUGAAUGUAUUCACACUACAUCGAGCUCAUCCAGUAAGAGCGCUGGAUUUUCUUCUCUCUCCGGAGGCGAAUAGAGAGGAACGUACACGAGCCAAAAUAGCGUGUGACCACCCAGAGCGAAAAGACUAUUUUCAUGUAAUAUUAUAGAAAAGAUGGUCAGCUUUUUUUUUUCUUUUCAGAUUCGUGUGCCAAUCUCUUGUGUGUGCGCUGUUGCCGAAAAAGAGGCAAUUCAUCAUCGAGUCACGACCCCCUCCUCCUCUAACAAGAAAAGUGGAAGAGAGAGAGAAAAAAAAAUGCAUUACAUUACCGCGAGUGUAGGUAUAUAUAUGAUUACAUAUUUAUGAAUGAUGAAACACAUCUCCAACUAAAAACACAGCCGCCGUAUAAAUAUAAUAAUAAUAAUAAAUAUAAUGGACCGAAUUAGUAGUUGAUUUAAUACAUACCUACAUAUACCGGAGAUAUAAAAAGCGAUACGCCUUUCAGGUUUACGCAUUAAACUGAGAAGAUUUUUUGGCACGCGGCAAACUUUUUCAACAAUUGACCCGCGCGCGUCUACACAAAAUCAUAGCGCUCCACCAAAAAGAAACAAGGCAGGAAGGAACUUGGCUAGGCGUCUGGAAAGAAUGUCGCCGUAAAAGUUUGGUUCACGGUCGAUACGCGAUUACAUGCGGGUGGUGGUGUGUGCUGCUAUUAUUAUUCGUCCGAUCGACCCUUUUUUAUUCCAGAGUGGUUAUACAAACCAAAGCAAAUGGAGUCAAUCCGUCUCCAUUUCCCAAAAGGGAAAAACAGUUCCGUCAGUCUCACUUGGAUGAUAUCCUCCCCGAAAAAAACACGCCCCAGUUUCUUCCCCACAAAUGUUCCUUCCGUUUUUAUACAUUUCUACAUAUACUCUUCUUUUACGGGUUUUUUCACUUGUAACCUUCCAAAAGUCUCGAGUAUUUCUUUUGGAUUUUCCAAACGGCAAUGGCGUUGGUGGGCGCAAUUUCGCCAUCCAUCUUUUGCCAGCAGCUACAUAUCUUUUUGAAAUGACGCGCGCGUUUCUAUUUAUGCGUGAGUGUGUCGUAUAUACCGGCCGGCGUGAAAAAAAACCCCGGUAUAGAUGCACUACUAGACGAGUCGAUUGGCUCGAUCUCUUUCGUUGAUAUGUGCCCUCGCCGCGCGAUAUUUAGAGGUUGUUGAGAUGAUGGAUCCGCAUCUUGCUCAUCUGUCAUCAAAGAGGUCGGGAAUAUAAGCAAAACAACCACCACCCGAAAUGAAUAAAAAGGAAAAAAAGAUAUACUAUAAGGUGCAUUGAAGAUGUUUUUAAAAAAAUGAAAUAAAAUAAAAUUCUUGGCUCGUGAAAAUGUCUAUCCUAUAUCAAAGAUAAAAGGCUACGCUAUAUUAUAAAAAAAUAAAUUAGCGGGAAACACAUCAUCAAGAGUCAAGAGAUCCAUUGGCGAAUUGAAUCCAGCAGUUUCAUCCUUCGUCCCCUUUGGGGAUUAUGAUGGAUCUGUUUUGUUUAGAUUAUAAAACUCUGCGGCUGUGUGUGUAGUAUAGUAUACGAGUGAAAUGAUAAUCUUGCGUCCAAUAAUAAUGGCUGUCAUUUAUUCCUGUAUGUUGUGUAAAUUCAAUUUUUUUUCCUGGAAUUCGAAUCUACCCAACGCCCCCUGAUAUCAUUCUGUUCACCUUCCGGCGCUGAAUUCAAAUGAACCAAAAGGGGAAACUCUCUCAUUAAGUUGUUUUCUGUUUUUCUUCUUCCAAACUACUUUCGAUGGCUGCUGGUAGCAUUGGGUGUUAGCUUCGAAUGAAAAUGAUGAAUGCGAUAUUAUACUCAAUUCAAAUUUGGCGGUAACAAUUUCGAAAAACUUUGAAAGGGCGGUGGACGACAGUCAGUUACUUCUGUCUUGAUUCAUCAUGUGAUGGCUCUUGACAACUCUGAAAAUCCCGAAAGUAAAAGUUGAAAUCUUUAGAAAAAUAAAUUUUUCAAGGAUUUUUAAAAAAAGUUGUUUUUCUGCUUAGGAAAAAAGAUGCGCGAAAGAAAAAGUUGGGAAAUGUUAUUCUUGUUGUAGAGACUUUUUGGCGUCGCCAGAGUUUUUUGGGCGACGUGCUGCUGUGCGAGGUUUUUGGUGGGAGGGGAAGCAGACUCUCAGCCUCUUCUAUUCCGUUGGCAGUCCAACAGCGAACGUGCCACCGUGCAGUCGCGUGUUUGAACGAUCCCUCCCAACAUAUUUUCGUUAGUGUGUUGUUUGUUUGUUUGUCGGUUACAUACAAUUCGGUUCAAGUUUCGCUUUCUUUCUCUUGGAGACAUUCCGAGCGAGCGGUUGAAUCCAUCGUUUGGCUGUCUCAUUCAAUGUGACAACGAAACCGGAAGAAGGAAUUUCCUGCAUCCAGCGGACAAACAUACAAACAAUCCAAAAAAGAUUAGCUCAUCUAUUCCUGUCGCGCUGUCGCUAUCCGUACCAUACACCAAACAACAACAACAAUGAGGUGCUAAUACACAGCUGCUGGGCUGCCGGAUUCCUUCUGCUGCUUCCGCCAGUGUGUCUGUGUGUCUAUUUGUGCGGAUAUCUGAAACUGAUCCGGUAUUCCGUCGAAGACUGGCCGGCUUCAAUUACUACGUGAUCCAUUUAUACAAGCAGUGGACAACAAUAAAUCCCCACCACCAAUAGGAAAAAACUUAGUUCAUUUAAAGUUAAUUCCUUUCCCGCCGACCACACCUGGCGUUCGCUAUUUGAAAAAUUCACGACUGACGCUCUUUGACUUUUAUCGGCGACUGCACUUAAAAUUUCUAAAAAUACCGACUGCUAUAGACAAAAAGAUUUUUAAACAAAAUUGUACCCGCGGGCUGUGUGUGAUGCCUUGAUAUCAAUUCCCAAUGACCGGGAUCACGACGGAAGAUUUGGUGCUGCGUCUGCGUGAACUCUUGCUCCAGGAGGCUCUGCAGCUCCAGGAGGCGGCCAGUCACCCGCAAGUCGAAACAGUCGCAUCCGGAUCUCAAUCCAACUCGGAUCUGUGGCAAACGGCCGCCGCCACGGCCGUCACGGCCGUCACUUCCGUCAUGAACGGUAGCAGCCCUUUCCAGACGGCGGCCGCCCGUUCGACGCCCACAGUAGCCGGACAUCACCUCCACCACCACCACCACACCAACGGCAGCAGCAGCAGCCACAACAGCAACAGCAGCAACAGCAUCAGUCAGGCUAUCCUCACUGUCCUCCAGGGCAUCCGCCCCCGUCAUCAGAAUAACUCACGCACCUCUCAGUUGGAUUGGGUGAGCGAUGAUCAGCAGCACAAUCCAUCGGUGUGGAACUCGGCCAACUGGACGUUUCCAGACUUGGAUCUGACAUCUUUCAUGGAGGCGGACAUGGAUGGACUGGGCUCCAGCGGAUCAGACGGUUCGUCGUCGUAUCAACAGCGUAGCAGCGCCGGAUUGAGAACUGCCAUCAUCGCCACCGCCUACGCCCUGGUGAUGGCAAUUUCACUUUUCGGCAAUUUGCUCGUCUGCUACGUCGUGUUCCGGCACAGGAGACUCCAGCGCAGCAUCACCUACACAUUCCUGGUGAAUGUGGCCCUGUCUGACCUUCUCAUGACUUGCCUCAAUAUCCCGUUCAGCGUCUCCAGAGUCCUGCUGGAUCACUGGCCAUUCGGCCAAUUCCUCUGCUCCCUGGUGCCGUUCGUUCAAGUCAUGAGCGUCUACGUUUCGUCGCUGACUAUGGCCGCUAUCGCCGUCGACCGCUAUCGGGUCAUUUUGACGCCCUUGAAGCGUCGAUUGAGGCCCCCGCACGGCCUCAUCAUCAUGGCGAUUCUCUGGAUCUUGGCCUCGAUGGCAGCCCUGCCCUACGCUCUCUACAGCGAGGUCGUCCCCAUUUUCACCUAUAGGCCUCUGAGACGGUGCCAAGCCAGAUUUCCAACUCCGGCGCUGGAAUUCCGGCGAUAUUUGACAUUGAUCACCUUCGCCACCCAGUACGUCAUCCCACUGGGCAUUUCCGGACUGGCCUAUGGAGCUAUCGUCCGACGAUUGUGGAUGAGAUCUUUUGUCGGAGCGGUUACGGAUAACCAACGAGUGCGGCAGGAUCGCGCCAAACGCAAAACAAUUCAAAUGUUAUUAGUGGUCAUAUCGCUAUUUGCCCUUUGCUGGUUGCCACUGAAUGUCUACCAUUUGGUGAGUGACGUCGGAGCUUCAGAGUCGGCCACACGGCACAACUCGACGGCCUUUUUGGUUUGUCACUGGCUGGCAAUGUCAUCCGUCUGUUACAACCCAUUCGUCUACUGUUGGCUCAACGCCAAUUUUCGCGACGCCGUUCAAACCUGCGGACGGCUGUGCAUGCGCAGCGUUUGGUUUCGACGCAAUCAGCGCAAACAACAGCCCAGCAUCAUCAUGCACAACACGACGACGGCCGUACUUCACCAACAACAUCAAGGUCGGGUGACGAUUGUUUUACAACCGCCUACAACUUGCUCUACAAGUCGACAUCUAACACCAUCACCGGUCUCAUCAUCACCACGAAUCCGGCCAGCCGGCCACAGAACUCGAUCGACUCGGUCCAGCUAAUUGAGCAGCUCGAAUUGCUCGUGCCGGAUAACCCGACACAGUUAACCAUCAACGAGGAAACUUCCCUGGUGUAAUAAAAGUUUUCUUUAACUAUAUUAUAAAAAUAUUACUUUUUUUUUUUACAUGAACUCAAUUUUUAAUCAGAAUUUGUUUUUCUUCAAAAAAUUGUUUUAUGUAUAAAAUUCAUCAACCACAGUUUUUCCCUUUUUCGUGUGUACAAUAACUCAAUAGAACAUUUCGUUUUCCAAUUUUAAAUUA